GGCCGGUCUCACUUCCGGUUGCUGCCGGGCCCUGUAUCCGGUGUCCGCCCGCCCUCCAUCCCGCUGCCUCCGCGAUGCUGUCCCGGUCACGCUGCGUGUCCCGGGCGUUCAGCCGCUCGCUUUCUGCCUUCCAGAAGGGGAACUGCCCUCUAGGGAGACGUUCCCUGCCUGGGGUCUCCUUAUGUCGGGGACCAGGUUACCCUGACAACAGGAAGAUGGUCAUUAACAGUGGUAGCGUCUUCAGGGUUCGCUUCUUCCAAACCACGGCUGUGUGCAAGAAUGAUGUGAUAACAGUCCAAACCCCAGCGUUUGCAGAGUCUGUCACAGAGGGAGAUGUCAGGUGGGAGAAAGCUGUUGGAGAUGCGGUUGCAGAAGAUGAAGUGGUGUGUGAGAUUGAGACAGACAAGACUUCUGUGCAGGUUCCGUCGCCAGCAAAUGGCAUCAUUGAAGCUCUUUUGGUACCCGAUGGGGGCAAAGUUGAAGGAGGAACUCCUCUGUUCACACUCAGGAAAACUGCUGCUCCUGCUAAGGCCAAACCAGCUGAAACUCCUGCUCCAGCCCACAAAGCAGAGCCCGCAGCACCGGCGGCCCCUCCUCCCCCCGCAGCACCUGUGCUCACUCAGAUGCCACCAGUGCCCUCACCCUCACAGCCUCCUUCUAGCAAACCAGUGUCUGCAAUAAAACCCACUGCUGCCCCUCCACUGGCUGAGGCAGGAGCUGCUAAAGGUCUGCGUUCAGAACAUCGGGAGAAAAUGAACAGGAUGCGGCAGCGCAUCGCCCAGCGUCUGAAGGAAGCCCAGAACACGUGUGCAAUGCUGACGACUUUCAAUGAGGUUGACAUGAGUAACAUACAAGAGAUGAGAGCUCGGCACAAGGAUGCUUUCCUGAAAAAACAUAACCUCAAAUUAGGCUUCAUGUCAGCAUUUGUGAAGGCCUCGGCGUUCGCCUUGCAGGAGCAGCCUGUUGUAAAUGCAGUGAUUGAUGAUGCAACCAAGGAAGUGGUGUAUAGAGAUUAUAUUGACAUCAGUGUUGCAGUUGCUACCCCGAGGGGUCUCGUGGUUCCUGUCAUCAGGAAUGUGGAAACUAUGAACUAUGCAGAUAUUGAACGGACCAUUAAUGAACUAGGAGAGAAGGCCCGGAAGAAUGAACUUGCCAUUGAAGAUAUGGAUGGUGGUACCUUCACCAUCAGCAACGGAGGAGUUUUUGGCUCACUUUUUGGAACACCCAUUAUCAACCCCCCUCAAUCUGCCAUCCUGGGCAUGCACGCCAUCUUUGACAGGCCUGUGGCUGUGGGAGGCAAGGUGGAAGUUCGACCUAUGAUGUAUGUAGCCCUGACCUAUGACCACCGGCUGAUUGAUGGCAGAGAGGCUGUGACUUUCCUCCGAAAAAUCAAGGCAGCAGUAGAAGAUCCAAGAGUCCUCCUCCUAGACCUUUAGGAGGAAGCCACACAUCCUACCUAUCGAUCAUGCAGGAACUGAAAACCACUCUUCUCCCUGUACCCUCAUCAAUCCCAGGUUAGCCUGAUGACAGGCAGGCACAUACUAUUGGCCUCAAGCACGGAAGCCAGGGCACGAUGUAACCAGCGUUCACAAGUCUGUUCUUAGUGUUCCCUCGAGGCUCUUUCUCUCUCCCUGAGACUCUUAUCUUCUGCUAUCUUGGACCUGAGAGAGAGUGAGAGCCUUAAUGGAUGCUCAUUAAUGUUCCUGCCUUUAUUCCAGUCCUCUACAAAGGCAAUUUUGCUUUUCUCCAGUAACAGUAUGCUAUAGGGAUACCACCAGGGACCAUGUGAUUUGAGUUUCUAUCUUAGGAAAGUGUUCUCCAGAGAUGCCUAGGGGAUGCUUUGCCUCCAUCCCAGCUGUGCACACUCUGACUUGAUGCCACCUGUGUGGAGGUAUUGAACACAGGCAAAGAGGUGCUGCUUUGCUUCUUAAAUGCACCAUCAUUCUGACCUGUCAGUGGCUUCAAGGUGCUCUACCUCUUCCAGAAAGCACAGGCUGGGGUAUUUGGGGACAGGCAGGAUUGUGCAGCAUCCCCUGAGCUUACCUGUUAUAGUCACAGGUGGGAGUUGAACCCUGGCUUGCCCUCUCUGGCUCCAUUGUAUGCUGGCACUGGGAAGAUUCAUUUUGGCAUAAUUACGUACAACUGUCGUCAUACCAACCCUUUCCAGCUUCUAGGAAUCGUUCUAGGACACUGUUGUCACUUAAAGCAGAUUUUAGCACAUCAUGGCAGUGGGGCAGCCUGACGAAGGGACUGUUCUCACAAGAUCAGGCUGAAGAGAGCUUUUAAAUUCCAGGUGGUGUGAGCAUGUUCUGGGAAGAGGCUGUGCUCUCCCUCCCUGGGAUGUGGCCUGUGGGGAGCAAGGUCUUGUUGCCUCUGGUGCAGGGCACAGAGACAGGGGAGGGUGGACUGCGGUGGGAACCAGCCUCAGGAGUUAGGACAGCGACGAGAUGAUGGUGUCAUCUCUAAGAUCACCCUCAGGUGCAGGUACAGUUGUUGGAAUAUUCUUGAAGCAUGGUAAAAUGCUUAAGUGGUUUUGAGCGCUCCUAGGCCUCGUAUCCUGCACUGAGCCUGAGCCUGCUGACAGUUGCCGUGGCCAUUAGUGCUGAAUGCCCUUUUUUCUUGUAAUCCAAGACAAGCUGGGGGGAGGGGAAGAGGUCAGUAUUGAGUGCCUGCAGCAUCUGCUACUACAUCUACACCAUUCAGAACUUGUAACUAAAAUAUUUAAAGAGACUGAUUUUGAAUGAAAAUUAAAGGGCAAAUGUUCUCAAACAGGG